AUGGCACAAUCAGAGAAACACAUCGCCGAGGCGGAGGUUGAGCCCAUUGGCAAGGAUGUGGCUGUGGGUAACGUCGUUGAAUUGCAGAAUGGGUCGGACGAGAUCCUGCCAAACAAGGAGUUCCAAGAAGAUCUCAACGUCACCGCAGAUGACUAUGUUCAUGCACGAGAAGAAGCACAGAACUUCACCCUCGAAGAGACCAGAUCCAUGAUGGAGAAGGUCUGGAAGAUCCAUGAGCUCGAUCCCAAUUUUCCCGACAACAUUCUCGACAAGAUUAAAGAAUUUUUGUUCAACGAAGAUGUCUUCAUCAACCCUGAGAAGCAUGCUGAGCUCAUUGCCGAAGUCAAGAUCGAAGCUGCUCUGAUCGUCAACAACUCUCCGUAUGCCGAAGUCAGAGCUGUAGUUGAUAACACCGAUGAUCCUAACAUGCCAUGCGCAUCUCUCCGCGCGUACAUUAUUGGUCUUGGUUUUGUCACUCUGCUUGCUUUCAUCAAUCAGUUGUUCUCGAUCAGACAGCCCUCAAUUACCGUCGAGGCAAAUGUUGCUCAACUCCUCGCGUAUCCUGUCGGAGUCGCUGCUGCGAGAUGGUUGCCAGACAAAGGUUUCACUUUGUUCGGAACACGCCACAGUCUGAACCCUGGCCCGUUCUCCAGAAAGGAACACAUGCUCAUCACAAUCAUGGCCAAAGUCGGUGCUAAUCUUCCUUAUACUGACUAUGUUGUUUGGGUACAGUUCCUGCCUCACAUGUUCAAUCAAAGCUGGGCAGGUUCUUUCGCGUAUCAAAUCGUGAUCGCUAUUGGUACCAACUUUAUUGGAUUUGGUCUUGCUGGAAUAUGUCGUCGCUUCCUUGUUUAUCCCGCUUACUGCGUUUGGCCCACGUCUCUCGUCACCAUGGCUUUGAACAACUCUUUCCACGACAGCUCCAACCCAUCCGUCAUGGGUCCCUUCAAGAAGAUCCUCACCAUGUCUAGGCUUAAAUUCUUCGUUAACAUUCUCUUGUGGGAUCAGAUGGACCCGUUGAUGGUGCCUUUCUUCAACACUGUCAACCGAUUUGUUGGUAUGGUCAUUUCCGCUUUCGCUGUGCUCGGUCUCUGGUAUUCCAACACCUUCAACACUGGGUACCUACCAAUCAACUCUAACAAGGUCUUUGACCAUUUUGGCAAGUUCUACAAUGUCACUCGCACUCUCGACGAUCGUGGAAUGUUCGAUGCUGCCAAGUAUGCCGAUUAUUCACCAGCGUAUCUAAGUGCUGCGAACGCGACCGUUUACGCAUGCUUCUUCGCCAUUUACACCGCAACCAUCUCAUAUGCUUUCAUGUACCACCGCCAUGAGAUCAUGAUGGGUUUCAAGAACCUUUUCCAUCGCGGCGAGAGACAGGAGUAUAAUGAUAUCCACAAUCGUUUGAUGUCUGUCUAUCCUGAAGUCCCUGAAUGGUGGUAUCUCAUCUGCCUCUUGGUUUCUGUUGCUUUCGGCUGUGCUGGCAUCGCUGCCUGGCCGACUUAUACUACUGUUGGUGUCGUCUUCUAUGGUCUCGCGCUCUGUCUGGUCUUCAUCAUUCCCAUCGGUAUUAUCCGAGCCAUUAGUGGUAUCCCAGUCACUCUGAACGUCUUGGCCGAGUUUAUUGGAGGUGCUUGGGUCGGAGGUAAUGCUCUGGCUAUGAACUUCUUCAAGUCAUUCGGCUAUGUUACCUGUGCUCACACCAUACAAUUCUUGAACGACCUCAAGCUCGCGCACUACACCAAGAUCCCUCCUCGUCACGCAUUCUGGGCUCAGAUGACUGCAUGCUUCGUCUCCACUUUUGUUUGUACAGGCGUCCUCAACUUCCAGAUCCACAUCAAGGAUGUCUGCACCACCGACGCACCAAAUCGCUUCUACUGCCCUGGUAACAACACCUUCUUCACUGCCUCCGUCCUUUGGGGUACGCUUGGUCCUCACAAGGUCUUCGGUAAGGGUGGUCUAUACACGACUCUCCUUAUUGGAUUCCCUGUCGGUCUGGUCGUACCUCCUAUCGUCUACUACAUCACCCGCAGCUUCCCACAAAAGAAGUGGCUUCGUCAGAUCCAUCCUGUCGCCAUGAUCUACGGCUGUCUUGCCUGGGCUCCCUACAACCUCUCGUACGUUUGGCCUCAGGUACCCAUCGGUUUCAUGGCCAUGGUAUGGCUCAAGACUCGCUAUCUGGCUUGUUGGUCCAAGUACAACUAUGUGCUUAGUGCUUCUUGGUCCGCUGCCAUUGGUAUCUCUGCCAUUAUCAUCUUCUUCAGCGUGCAAUAUUCGGGCAAUAUCAGUUUGGAUUGGUGGGGUAACAAUGUCUCGUAUCAGGGUUGUGAGGGUAAGGCUUGCACGAGGUUGACUUUGGGCAAGGGCGAAUUCUUUGGACCUCGAUCUUGGUGA